UCGAGCUGCUCGUGGGGUGUGUUUUGCCUCGCGUGGCCGCUCGCGCACGCUUGGGGGAGGAUUCGGAGGAACUUCGGCGUUUGGCGACGGCGGCAAAAGUCUAGCUCGUGAGGACCCGCGUGCGAACGGUCCAGCUCUGACUAUCUGAGCUUAAUUAGACCCGGGAGCUGCACUCGCGAGCACUCGCGUGCGGUUACUCCGCCAUGGAAAGUUCGCGCGUCACUUGAUGGCAAGUUUGGAUGAAAAUAACGGAGACGCGUAGAUGAGAAAAAGUGACAUCAUGUCCUUUAAUAAACCCUGUUUAUUCCACGAGCAGACGGGUGAUGAGCACACGGACUCUGGGGCCGAGACUGCAGGGUCGGACUGCAGCAAAAUGUCUUGCAGUAGCAUUGACCUGAUGUCACACCUGGGUCAGGAGCCCCUAUUGGUCACCAUGCACCUGCUGACCAAUCCCGGAGACUCUCUCCUCCUCCAGCACACGUUGGACCGCCUCCUCAAAUGGGUGUGCCCCGGCCUGCGGCUCUUCCACGUGUCUGAACGCGCCUGUCCGCUGCGCGAGGGCGCACGUGUCCCGACGUCCCCCGUGGUCACGCACCCGGCACUGGCCGUCACCCUCUUCCUGCACGAGGCCCACGGCGAGGAGCGGAUCCUCCGGGUCCUGGACUUCCUCCAGUGCCCACCUUGGCAGUACCACCACAGCGAGGGCCGGACAGGAUCCGUCCGCGUGGGCUCACCUUCCGACGGCCUGUCGCGGCCCUACCUGCUGCCCGGCCGCGAUUUCUACGGCCUGGGCGUAGGCAUGCCCCUCUGGGCCGUGCGGCCCGUUCACUGCGGCGGCGAAGCCGUGCGGCUCACGCUGCACAGUGGCUGCCACAACUUCGAGGACGCCGUGCGGCUGUACGAGACCAUCCUGCGGCGGCGGGCCGAGGAACAGAAGGCCGGGUUCUGUUGGUUCACGGUGCUCGCCGAUAGGGGGGUCAGAGUACAGCUGGCUCUUAAGCAGCUGCCCCCCGGGGUCAGGGCCGAGCCCUGCCACUCCGCUGUACUGCAGUUCAGGGUCGGGGAGAUCGGCCAGCUGGUUCCCCUGCUGCCGAACCCCUGCUCGCCCAUUAGCGCCACUCGCUGGCAGACUGAGGACCUGGACGGCAACAAGAUUCUUUUUCAGGUGAAGGGAGGCGGGCAGUCUCAGCGGGUGCUGGGGUCAGCCUUCCCCCUGAGCUGCCCCAUCCUCCCCUCUCGCACCCUGCUUAGGUGCCCCGUGCCCACCCACGCCCGGCCAGCCCGGCUGAAGGAGCGUGUGCCGGGCAGGCCGCGCAUGGAGCCGCCCCUGGACGGUCCGUCCGGAGCCCGCGGAGCAGGUGGCGGCGGCGGGAGCGCAGGCAGCUCCUGUUACUCCUCCCAGCGCAGCAGCCCCGCCUCGCUGUCCGUCAACCCGCUCGAGCCAAUCGCGUCUGCCGGCUCGCCCGAGGCCCGCCUCUUGCCGGGUGGAGAGGAGGAGCCAGAGAUGGACGUGGACACGGGACGCGCCGUCGGCCCCCGGGCACGGUGGCCCUCGGGCGGGGGCGCACCGGCCCUGGAGACGCUGGCCAGGGACCUGAGACGCUUCCUCCCAGAGCUGCCCAGGACACGGGGACGAGCAGAGCAGGAGUUCCCAGAGACGCAUCCGCCACACCCAGAUGCACGCGUGCUGGCAACACUGCACCCCAGCCCCGAGUGUCUAGAAGCAGUGGACGAAUUCUUCAUCUGACGCCAUGCGUG